AAAUGAAAUAUUUAAAAAAAUGAUGAAUUUGGCAUAAUUACGUGUGCGUUGACCACUUUAUUACUUCCUAGAUUUAUUAUUUUAUCAUUUGUGUGUCCAUGAAACGCAUGCUUUAACCUUUAGCGGUCGUAUGUCGAGCGAGACUCGACUAAUGCAUUGAAAUCAAAAAAUUUGGACAGCAAAAGCUCAGAGGUUAUCACUGAACUAUUAACAGCUUUAAACAACGAAUGGGAAAUAUAUAGACAAUAUCAUUGACUAAUAAAAUAUAAAUAAUUCGUUAAAUUUAAACAUGGCAUCCUCUAUUGACAAGAUAUUCGACGAUGAAGAUGAUUUGUCAGAGGGCACUAAUGAACUUUAUGGUAUUCGGGAUGGUGUACUAUUUAUAAUUGAUACAACUACUCCAAUGUUUGAAAAUGAUCCACAUGAGGGAAUUCCAUAUUUUGUGCAAUGCAUAAGGCAAUACAUAGAGAUACUUAAGCAGAAGUUGGUUUGGAAUCGGCAGGAUUGGAUGGGUUUAAUACUGUUCGGUACCAAAAAAUGGGACGAAGAUUCUAAAAUCAAACACGUGUUGACUCUUCAGAAAUUAAAUCUUGUUUCUGUAGAUAACUUAAAAGAAGCGAUAAAGAUUGAAGGAGGGCAAUGGCAAUAUUACAAAGAUAUCGCUUCAUCUACUGCUUAUCCGCUACACGAUGUAUUAUGGCAUGCAGCACGAGCAUUUUCUUCUAUAGAUGUAACUAUGCCAAGACGUAGAGUAAUUCUUUUUACGUGUCAAGAUGAUCCCUGUAUGACGAAUAACGAUGAGAAACAUAGAAUAAGAGUGAAUGUAACGAGUUAUAGUGACCUUGGAAUUCAAUUAUUUGUUGUCGGUCUGGGUGACAAUUGGAAUCAUGAUUUGUUUUAUAAAGAUCUAGAAAUAUUAUCAACAAAAAUUGAUACCGACGAUUACAAAAGAACUUCACUAAAAGAUCUAGUGGAACAGGUAAAAUUACCAUGUAGAAAUAUGGCAAAGCUACCUUGGAGACUUGGAGAAAAUGUGACUAUAGAUGUAUCAAUUUUUAAUCUUUCCGUUAAAACACAAUAUUUAAAGAAAGAAUGGAUAAGCAAAAUAGCCAAUACUCCUUUAACUUCGCAUUCAUACUACAAGAUAGCGAACGAUGACAUUGAAGACGAAGAGAACGAUCGCGUACCAACGCCCAUUUUAGAAACUGAAAUUCAGAAAUAUCAAAAAUUUGGUAAUAAGAAAAUCUGUUUUACGUUAGCCGAAGUGAAAUCAUUGAGUGCAAUACGAGAACCAGGCAUUGAUUUAAUUUGUGUAAAACCUAUUUAUUAUCACCCUUUGUACCAUUUUGGCCAACCAUAUUUCGUUGCACCUGCUAAAAGUAAUCGUAAAGAUAACAAAUUAUUAUUUGGUGCAUUUAUAAAUAAAUGUGAUUCAAGGAAUUUAAUGAUAGUAUGCGCAGUAACGAUGAGGAAACAUUCUUCACCAAAACUUUAUACUAUGAUACCAAAUACGAAGAAUGGAGGAUUUUAUUUAUAUCGAUUACCAUUUAGAGAACAUGUUCGAAAACUUGGUGAACUUUCUUUAAAAUACAUGUAUGACAAUAACGAUAAUAAACCUCCAGCUGAUUCAAAAAAAGUUGAACUAUUACAAGCAAUGAUUAAAAGAUUAAGAAUUCAAUACGAUCCAACACUUUUCUUAAAUCCGAAACUUCAAGCUCAACUUCAAACUGUAGAGAUUUUGGCCUUAGAUUUGGAGCAACGUGAACCCCUGCCCGAUGAUACUCUUCCAAGGGACGAUGAGAUGCGCGAACUAGUAAAAGAUUCGUUACAUAAAUAUAACGAAAUACUUAACGAAGAAGUAGAGGGUGAGGGUGUAUCUGAUGCGCCAUUGGCAAAAAAAAGAAAGCAAAAUAGCGAAGCAAUUGCAAAACCUGCAGCAUUGGAUAAAGAAUCGAUUCGAAAACUUGUAGAACAAGGAAAGAUAAACAGUGCUACUGUACCACAGUUAAAAUCCAUGUUAAAAACCUUGGGUGAAAAAGUAUAUGGUAGGAAGGAAGAACUAAUUAAUAGGAUUCAAGAAGCCAUAGAUUUCGAUUAAUAAAUAAGUUCUUUGUAUCUCUUAUUAAUUUUGUAUUAUUUAUCUCUAUAAAAAUAAAUAUAUUUUGUAACAUGUUUCUAAUAAAAAGUGCCAUAUUAUUUGAUUUGUGUUCAAUUAUAAAUAUAAAAAAAUCAAUCAAGUAAAAAGAAUUAUUACAAUGGAUGUGUGGGUUUGUGUGUGUAACUGCAAUCAGUCAAUCAGCUGAUUAAGAUUUAAAUAGCGCGCACCGGAAGUUACACCUAUGAACUUCAACACCUGAUUCAACUGCUAAGAAUAUUUUAUUUAUACAUGUCCGAGGAAUUGAUUUUGACAAAUAUUUCACAUUUUUAUGAACACAUUCCGUACAUUUAUGUCGUAUUGUUUGAUACGAAAAUCAGCCCCACUAAUAUUAAAAUAAAGAUUGCAUGUUAUUUUUAUUUGCGUUAUAUUUUUUAAAAAUAAAUAAAACAUAUCCAACAUAGCGUUCAUAUCGUUAAAUAUUAUACUAAAUAAGAACAAUAGCAAACAGUAGAACAUAAACAUUUGUUUACUAUGUGAAUAUAUAAUAGAACGCAAGUUGGUCGUUCGAUAGCUCGUUUUAACCGUACGUGCAAGUGAAUAUAUAUGUAAUUAACAUAUCGCCGCAGUGCUACGCUUAUAAAUCACAUAAAUGAUCUUCAAAAUUGUUUGAAAACAUUAUAUAAACCAAUAUACUAAACUUAAAAAAUAUGUCUGAACACAACGAUGACACAGCAAAUGGACAAAUGUAAAUAACGUGAUCAUGCGAUAGAGGUUAACUGUUAUCCUUGAAAGUGCGAAGUUUUACUAAUCAAAUAAAAUGAUUAAGUGAAUUAAGAUGUUCAGGCAAAUACUGUAUCACGCGUAUGGGUUAAAAUACAAUUCAUCAAUCAUGUGCUCAACGUUUAUGGCGAAGAUGUUUAAUUGUUCAUUUUGACUUGAACAAGACACCAAAUGACGAAGCAGCGCAUAGUUCAUCAGAGCCAGAGGAGGUAGAAGAUUCUGAUAUGGAAAAAUUUCGUAAAUAUUUGGCACAGAAGUUGAGAAUUUUUGAUUCGGAUUACAGUCAGCAAUCGCAAGAAAAA